AGCAAGGGACCGUCAUGAGAGAGACUACGGCACCCCGGGGGGCGGGCGUCGUGAUGCGUGGGCAGGGGCCGCAGGGGCCGCAGGGGCCGCGUGCCCGGAGCCCAUCUCCUGGGCCCUCUCUCCCUCCAGGGCAGUUCCCGCUGGACUUCCUGCACCUUGAGGCUGAGAUGAAGGGGGAAAAAGGCGACCGAGGGGAGCCCGGGCAGAAAGGGGAAAGGGGCGAGCCCGGCGCUGGUGGAUUCUUCGGCUCCAGUGUGCCGGGGCCCCCGGGACCCCCAGGCUACCCCGGGAUCCCGGGUCCCAAGGGCGAGAGCAUCCGAGGCCAGCCUGGCCCACCUGGACCUCAGGGACCCCCUGGCAUUGGCUAUGAAGGGCGCCAGGGCCCCCCUGGGCCCCCAGGGCCCCCUGGUCCCCCGGGGCCCCCCUCAUUUCCUGGCCCUUACAGGCAGAAUCUCCGAAGUGGGACUCAGCCCGCCCUCUCGCGGGUGCUCACGGGAGCUGGCAACGCGCAGGCGCAGAACUUCCUAGCCGCCCCCACUCGAGACCCAGCGUUAGCGACCGCGUGGUCGCAGGGCAUGGCAGUGCCCUAG